AUGUCUUCCUCAUCCAACGAUGAAAGCAACAUGGUGACUCAUCCUUCUAAGGUGGAAACCCCAAAACCACCUCCAUCAUCCUCUUCCAAGCCGGAAUUUCAUCUCACUCUCGUUGUUUCCAACAUUAGCAAUAAUAUUCCUAUUGUUCUUGACAUGGAACCUGAUUGUUACGACACAUGGAAGCGUUUGACGAACCUCUCCCAGGAUAAUCAGAACGCACGUGCUGCCACACUUGAGCAUGAAUUCUCUGGUGUUCACAUGGAGACUUUUCCAAAUGUCUAUGCAUAUUGUCCAUGUAUGAAGAAGAUUUUUGACCAGUUACGGGAUGUCACUUCUCCUAUGUAUAAUCGUUGUCUAGUCCUUCAGCUCAUCUCCGUUCUUACUGAUUCCUAUCAGGGUGUUGCCACCUUGAUUAGACAGAGUAAUUCGCUCCCCUUCUUUCAUUAG